AUGGGUAAGCAUCUGUUCGUGUUGGUGCACGGAUUGUGGGGCAAUUACAAGCAUAUGAACGCGAUUCGCGAUGUGUUUUCGGACGCGUUCAAAGACAGUUCAGACGUGCUGUUUUUCUCACCGCGACAAAGCGGGUAUUUCAAGACUUUUGAUGGCAUUGAAAUCGUCGGCUAUCGCACGCUGCUGGAAAUUUGCCAGUAUGUCGACACUUUCUCGAAGGACGAAAUCUCAGCCAUCAGCUUCGUAGGGUAUUCCAUGGGUGGGCUCAUUGCCCGUUUCAUCGUGGGCAAAAUGUUCACCGAGUGUCACGAGCUGUUUCAAGGCAUCGAGCCGCAGCUGUUCAUCACCUUUGCCACCCCCCAUCUCGGAGUUCAUUUUUUCCUGCGCGAACAUCGAGCAAGCCACCAUCGCGCCAUAUCACGAAUUUUGUCGACUUUGGGGACCACAGUGCUCGGUAGAACUGGCAGACAGCUGUUUAUUCAGGACAGCUUACCAAAUGAGUCGAUUUUGGUUCGACUGAGCGAAGGAGAAUACUUGGAAGGUCUUAAACGCUUCAAGCAUCGCAUAUGUGUUGCCAAUGUCAAGAAUGACCGAACCGUUGCUUUCUACACAUCCUUCAUCACUGACAGCGACCCGUUCUUGGAGACUGAAAAUCAAAUCAAAUACGAGUUUGAAAGGAACCUACCAGGUGAGAACCUGUGCAUGGUGCCUCGUAUCAUAGACAUGAAUAGGCUGGAUCCUGAAUCUUCAAGAGCCCCUCCCGAAGUCCCACAGCUGUCGCGUUGGCUUUUCAUAUUCGUUGUCUGUUGCGUCGUGACAUUUGUGCUGCCGUUAAUUUUCGCAGCCAACGUCUUAGGUACAUGUUAUUCGUACUUGGCAACCGUUCACUACCAGAAUUUGCUUCACCAGGGCGAAGGUCGUAGUUUACUGCGUCGAAAGCUGGGAUUGCGAGACAAGAUUGCCGACACUCUUCGUGACACGGUGGGGGUUAUUGCGAGCGAGGAUGAAGACAACUUAGGGGCUGACAAUGGCCAGACAAUUGUCAGAGAAGACACUUCUUGGGAGGAUUUUAUUGCGAAAUAUACGGGUUCGUGGCCGAAUGACUCGAAACCAAAGUUUAGCACGUUGAAUUUCGACGAUCAGCGGCAACGGAUCCUCUCGAAUUUGAACAAAGUGCCAUGGAUACGGAUUCCGCUCUAUGUCAAGGCUCUCAAUGCGCAUGAUGGCAUAGUUGCCAGGAAGGGCGUCAAAACCGCGACACCAUACACAGUUUCUGGACUUCAGUUUGUUGCCCAAAUGGUACAGUUUUUGAUGUCGCACUAG